GGCAAUUUGUAUUAUUUUUUGAGCCGCCCUGACCUACUCAAGACUCGACGUGUAUAUAAACUCGAGCUGUGCGCUCGUCAUCAAGACACAGAUUGCAAGCCUGCUCGUAUUGUUCUCGAGAGAUUCAACGCUUCCACCAAGAACCAUGAUCAAGUUUUUGCUUGGAGCCGCCCUUGUUGCGUCCUUUGCUCUGGCAGACGACAACUGCAACUAUCCGCUGAGCCGUGACGAGUACCGUGAGAAGUACUGCGAUGCUGAUGUUGUUUUUACGGGACGUCCGACUUCCGGUAGUUCAUCUCUCUCCGAAGACGAGAACGGAAAUCAAGUGUCCCACUAUACAUCAAUCUUCGCCCUCACCAAAGUCUACAAGGGCAACAUUCCUUCAAACAGACCUCUCCUAACUCGCCGAACCGUGAAAGAUGAAUGUGAAAAAGACAUCGACUUCGCCGCACGGUACAUUGUCUUCGCCAAUGGAGUCGACUACCUUGAGACCCCGCCUUGUGACCACAUGUAUGCCUGGGACUGUGUGGAGAAAGCCGGUGACGACCUGGAUAGGGUGACCUGCUAAAUCAACGACUCGUUUCAUUUCUUUUUGCCAGUGUUUGUUUUCACAACAAAAUCCAAUGCACAGAGGCGUAGCGAAGGGGCUACAUAUGUCCCCGGGCGCCACCCUAGGGGGCGCCAAAAUGGGUUUGAAAAAAAAUAAAUUAGAAGCUCAUUUUAGCUACAGUUUUGCAUUAUAAAUAUAAAAAUAUAUGGCGGGGGGGGGGGGGGCAAAUUUUGAAAUUUUGUCACCGGGCGCCGGGAAGGGUCGCUACGCCUCUGCCAAUGCCACGUGAACCAGUCUCUAUUUCUGUGCAAUCUUUCGUCCAUGUUUACUUUACUUUUAUUUGACUGCUAAUAAAAAGUUGUUAUU